AGUUCUUGAAGUUCUUGGUUGACAAUUAACAAUCCAUCGCCAACUUAUUGUCAAUAUGGGGUACGUACUCUUGAUAUUCUACUAUCUCCUUUCAAUAUGCUAGUGAAGUGCUCUGGUUCUCUAUUUCAUGGGAUAAAUGCGAUUGAAAGUGGAGGACAUGCGCGCAGCUUCCCCUCCAGCCAAUUCUUGACGGAUUGGAUGGGUGAGAAGAUAUUUUGAAUCGCAGAACUAUAGCUAACAAAUGAAAUUUUUCAGUCGGGUUAUACGCAACCAAAGAAAGGGCCGUGGCUCGAUCUUCACAGCCAACACCAGAUUGAACAAGGCACCAGCUCAAUUCAGAACCCUCGACUAUGCUGAGAGACACGGUUACGUCCGUGGUGUCGUAAAGGACAUCAUCCACGACCCAGGACGUGGUGCUCCUCUCGCAAAGGUUGUCUUCCGCGAUCCAUACAGAUUCAAGCUCCACACCGAGACCUUCAUCGCCAACGAAGGAAUGUACACCGGACAAUUCAUCUACGCUGGAAAGAACGCCAACCUCACAGUCGGAAAUAUUCUCCCUCUCGGAUCUGUUCCAGAAGGUACCGUUAUCUCCAACGUUGAGGAGAAGGCAGGUGACCGUGGUGCGUUAGGACGUACCUCUGGUAACUAUGUCACCGUUAUCGGACACAACCCUGAUGAGGGCAAGACCCGUGUCAAGCUCCCAUCCGGUGCCAAGAAGGUCAUCAAGAGCAGCGCCCGUGGAAUGAUUGGUAUCGUUGCUGGUGGUGGAAGAACCGACAAACCCCUCUUGAGUACGUUUCCAGGGCUCGAUUGUUGAUAAAGGGUAUGCAAAGUUCGGUACACUGACUGUAAAUUACAGAGGCAUCCCGUGCUAAGCACAAGUUUGCCGUGAAGCGUAACUCAUGGCCAAAGACUCGUGGUGUUGCCAUGAACCCCGUUGACCAUCCUCACGGAGUAUGUAAAAUCUGCCAUUUGUACCAGAAACAAGCGCUAAUUAAGAAUAGGGUGGUAACCAUCAACAUAUUGGUAAAGCAUCCACAAUUUCAAGAUAUGCCGCACAAGGUCAAAAGGCUGGUCUCAUUGCUGCAAGAAGAACUGGUCUGUUACGUGGUACCCAAAAGGUCAAGGAUUGAGCGAGUUGAGGGGGUUUUCAUUGCUUCGGAUAUGUUGGUACUGCAUCUUUGUAAUUUGGGAUGGAUCUCAGCGAGGAUGACAGAAAAGACUUCUACCAAACAAUCUUGUGUGCUCUGGCAUGAUUUACUAGUGAUCAGGAGAUCGUGAUGGCAUGUUAACAGACACCAUGCAAAAUGAAUUGAUGGCUUUUC